UGUGUACCCCGUCCCUCCCCCGCUGGCCGGGCGGUCGUUCGCUCCGGGACCGCGCUCUCCGGAAGUGUUAGGGCAGCUCGCAGCACUGCUGGUUCUUGCCAGUUCCGAUCGGACCCGACUCUCUAGUGCAGCUGCCAGAAUCCAAUAAUCAGCAUGUCUAGCAAAAGGGCAAAGACAAAGACCGCCAAGAAGCGCCCUCAGCGUGCAACCUCCAAUGUAUUUGCAAUGUUUGAUCAGUCACAGAUUCAAGAAUUCAAGGAGGCCUUUAACAUGAUUGAUCAGAACAGAGAUGGGUUCAUUGACAAAGAAGACCUGCAUGAUAUGCUCGCUUCCCUUGGAAAGGAUCCCACUGAUGCAUACCUAGAUGCCAUGAUGAAUGAGGCUCCAGGCCCCAUUAACUUUACUAUGUUCCUUACAAUGUUUGGUGAAAAGUUAAAUGGCACAGAUCCAGAAGAUGUAAUCAGAAAUGCUUUUGCUUGUUUUGAUGAAGAGGCAACAGGGGUCAUUCAAGAAGAUUAUCUGAGAGAGUUGCUGACAACAAUGGGAGACAGGUUUACAGAUGAAGAAGUAGAUGAGCUGUACAGAGAGGCACCAAUUGACAAAAAGGGCAAUUUCAAUUACAUUGAAUUCACACGCAUCCUUAAACACGGAGCAAAAGACAAAGAUGAUUGAACAAAACUGCAGACACCUGGAGAUAACUUCUUGUUUUCACUCAUGUUUAUUUCUCAGGGUUGUUUUUUGUUUUUGUUUUUGUUUGCUGGUAGAACCUGUUGCAUGCAAUUUAGCUUCACAGCUUUUGCCUUUCCAUGAAUUUAUGGAUUUCAGACCAUUAUGGCACAUUUGCACCUCUGUAAUCAGACUGGAAAUGGGGGAUUUUAUUGUAGUGAAAAGGAUUUGGGGAUAAAGAUCAGUGAAUGUGAAGGCCAAGGGAAAAAGACCUAUUUCUGGAUUUUUACAUUUUUAUAAUAAAUAUCAUUUUGAAAUAGAUUGUUUUAUAUAAAUAAAAUACCUCAUUAAACCUUUUCUUGUAAAGAGGCUUUUCUAACAAUAGGUGGAAGCAUUUUCCCAAGUUGACAGUUAUAUCCCCUUCUGACAUUUUAGUUCAGAAUUAAAAUGCUAAGCAGUGGGUUUACAACUUGUAACAUACAAGUCUUCAUUUAGGCGUUACCAUUCUUGCACUUAAGUUGGGCAGUGAUAUUACAUUUUGUGUAACACGGUGAGGAACCUCCUUUAUUUAAAAUUCUGGUUCAGAGCAAAGCAAUGGUUCCAACCUUGGAAGUCAAUUUGCUUGGUGUUAUGAAAAAAAUCCUGGAGUUGUGCCCAGUGUUAACUGUACAGCAUUUACUCUGGUAACUUUAGUUUUUUGUAGAAUAUACUAGGCUUUUCCAAAGGGAAAAUAUUAUGUAAAUGGAAGAUUUUGGUUAGACGUGACCAGAACACCUGUUUCAUGCUCUUACGUCUGCAGGAGUGAGCCUUCUGGCAAAUCUCAGACCUGUGGUGGUACUAGGUUUCUUUUUAGUUGAUGAAAAAUGUUUUUUUCUUUUCCUCUCUUCUUGCCAUCCUCUCUCAAAAUUGUCUUUUGACUUUGCGGAUGGACAGAAAGUGUGAACUUAACUAAUGUUUUUUUCUUUCUCUCUCUCUCUCUCUCUGCUUUUACAAUGUUAUUUCUGCCUCUUUGGGGCAACUGGGAACACAUACAUUUUGCUUUCAGAAUGAAAGUUUAUAUUAGAAAAAGAGCUUCUGUCCACUUGCCAGUUGGGAAACUUU